UGAAGCACCUUCAUCAUGCAUACCACAUCGACCGCUUAACGGCCCGGUUCGGUGUCCUGCGGGAGCAGUUGGAGUCUCUGGCUGUCGUCGGUCGACCCAUCUCCCCCGGGUACCAGGAAUUAGCCGGACGCAAAGUCCCACCCAAAGUGACAUCUUUGGACCGGUGGAAGAUGAACCGCCCGGCCGUGGACAUCGAUCCGUGGACAUUACGCAACCCGACUGGGCGGGCCAAAUCCCUCGGUACCGAUGCUCCCCCCGAUACGAAGCAUCUUCGCCGAAUGUUUGCCGCCAAAAGCACGUACCUUACGCUCUGGCACGCCGCAAAGGACCUGAACGGGUGCUGCGUUUACUCGCAGCUGGCCAAUCUGCUGCAAAACUUUAUCCAGUGUACGUGCGACCUGUACUCACUGUACGCGCUGCUUUAUCUCAAUCAGUUUGGUGAUAUUUUUGGGUUCAUACUCAGCAUCGUGGCCACCUUUACCGCCCUCGGGAUCGUGCUGGCGGCGUGUGAAAACUGCAAGACCCAGGUUAGCCAGCUGGGACAGUUGCUGUACAAACGGCGCGGUGAUGAGGCAGAUUUGCUCGCGAAAAUGAUAGAAAACUUCUCCCUGCUGCUGCAACACACACCGCUCUAUUUUUCACUGGGAGGAUUUUUUGAUAUGGAUUUUGUGCUCCUGAAAGAGAUAGCAGCCGCCAUCACCACGUACAUGGUCAUUUUCAUUCAGUUUAUGCCGAAGGAGGACCCAGCAGCCUCGAAUGCGACGAUCGGAAGCGUUAACAGUACGCUUCCCUUAGCCAACAGAACGCUCACUGUGACGCUUGAAUAAAGAGUGAGAUUGAUGCAGUAACGUUGAAGGCGAUCUAAAAUUUAGAGCUCAUUACUUCACCGCUUUUCGUACGCUUAUACAAAGCCAUACCUCCAUCAUGGUGACAUAGUCCAGGCGAAACAUAUUGAUCGCCGUCAUAGCGAAUGGGGCUGAAGAUUCCAGCUUUAGCAGAAAAUGUUGUACCAUCUCCCAACCGCGCUUACACCGUAACUGCCACCGGAGAUCAAUCCGGUGCAGCAGUACCCGGGUGCGAUGACAUUCCCACAAGAUGCGCUCGUUCGAGGCGAGGUUCAUCAUCAGGCAGAUAAAC